AUGAGACGUAUGAACCCUGAAUAUCACGAAAAAGAAAUUGAAAACGUGAAGCUGCAAGAGGAGGAUAACGAAAUCAACGCUGUAAAAGUUGAUGAAUGUAAUAAUAAUAGUAGAGAUGAAGGUGUUGUUCCAGAAAAAAUCCAUGUAGAUGAAGAGAAUUUGCAGAAAAACAAUGAGGCUGAUAUUUCCAAUAACAAGCAUAAUAAAGGUAAGGAAUCUAAUGAGGAUAUGCAUAUUCCAAAUCAGUCUACCAUCAACCUACAUCAUACCACAUCGAAUUCACAGAUUCAGAAAUCAUCAAGACAUAUGGAUAUAUAUGCUACAUAUGCAUAUAAACAACAAUUACAAAAACAUUUUAUUGGAAAAUAUGAGUCUUUUCAUCGAACUUAUGGCACAAGUGUAGAAGUUUUGGAUUUAUCUCGUCAUUGUGAUUCAGUAGAAACACCGCGAAAAACACCUUCGCCAUUCGAACUAUCAAGUUCAGGCCAUUAUAUAGGAUCGCCUGCUGCCUCUUCUACUAGUUCUAAUGACGUUAAAGAUAUUCAGCAAUUCAUUGCAGAUUCAAGUUUUUCACAAUCAAAUAAAAACCAACAAUCUCAUCUAGAAUUAUAUCCCACAGUUUACUAUCCAAGGGUAAAAGUAAAGCAGGAGCCAUUGAGCAUAUCUCCACCACUCCAAACUAAUACAACAGCACUACCCAGAGAACUUUCAAAGAUUGAAGACGUUACUAGUUUAUUACCAGUUGCAAGUACAAGCCUACUACAUACUUUUGCUUCUGCUGAAUCGGUAUCUAGUACAAGUAAUAUGAAACACAUUUCUGGUAGUAUGACACAAACUUCUGGUAAUAUGCAACAUACUUCUGGUAUGUUAAAUGACUCUCACUUACCAGUCUCUUCAAGAAAUAUGCUUUUAAAAAAAUCACCUUCUAUGCAUAAUACUACCACAUUUACAAGUACGCCAUCAGACAUCAUACAUACCACGCUGACAAGGCCAUUUAAAACUUUUCCUCGUGAUCCGCUUGUUAUUGCUGCUAAUUUUGCUGCAACUGACAUGCUACUCGACAAUCCACAUGUUGAACGCUACACCGAAUAUCGAAAACGUGUACUAGAACAAAUACGAAGUAAGAAUGGUGGUUCUCGUACAAUUACAAACCCCAAAAUGCGUCGUACUAACUCGCAUAAUGGUAGUUUUAAUGAAGGAUCAUCCAAUAACAGUGAAAACGAAGAACGUGUCGCUGCUGAAGAGUCAAGUGAUUGUGAUUCGAAUGUUGGUAAUUGCGAAAAAUUAGAAUAUAACAACAAUGAAAAUUUAAAUUCAGCAUGUCAGGUUAAAGAUGCAGCAUACUUUGAAAGGAGGCGAAAAAAUAAUGCUGCAGCGAAAAAAUCUAGAGAUCGUCGUCGUAUUAAAGAAGAUGAGAUCGCUAUACGUGCUGCUUAUUUGGAACGUCAAAAUAUUGAACUAUUAUGUCAAAUUGAUGCACUUAAAACACAACUGGCGUGUUUUACAUCAAACGUUGGCUCCUGACUUCCAUUAAAGUAGCCUACACCACAAAAACUCAAAAAAUGUGUUAAACGCAUU